GGUCCAGUCCCGCAGCAGCAGCUGUCUGUCUGUCUGACACAAGUUGAAGGUCUGUGCUCUGCGGUGGGACACAUCAGUCGCUGACCAACUUUCUCCACUAACGUCACAGUCUUCUGUGAGUCUCCAUCCAAAUGACCGUGACUCAGGAUCAGCCAUUGACUUACGCCAAAAUGAGAGGAGUUGUGUCGUUUUUCUCAGCUCUGCUCAAGGGGAAAAAAGUUGGCUUCAGUGACCUUUUACACAAAGUUGUUUCCAGUCAACAACUAUGCCAAAACUUGGACAGCCAGAAAAUCCUGCGGCGCAAGAGCAAGAUGAGGAAAGAGGACAAGAAAUGUCCCGUGAGCUUGGUGGACACGACGAACACAGAAACCUCUCUGAUGAAGCCAUCAGACUUUGACUACCUCAAAAUGAUCGGCAGGGGAAGCUUUGGAAAGGUGCUGCUCGCAAAACAUAGAGAACAAGGAGGCUACUAUGCUGUGAAAGUGCUGCAGAAACAGACCAUCGUGAAGAGACAAGAGCAGAGGCAUGUGAUGGCUGAAAGGAGUGUAUUGCUGAAGGGACUGCAACAUCCAUUCCUGGUGGGACUCCAUUUCUCUUUCCAGACCCCAAGUAUGCUCUACUUUGUCCUGGAUUACGUAAAUGGGGGAGAGCUAUUUUACCACCUUCAGAGAGAGGGAUCAUUUCCUGAAUCCAGAGCUGCCUUCUACGCUGCAGAGAUGGCCAUGGCACUGGGCUACCUCCACUCUCUUGACAUUGUUUACAGGGACUUAAAACCAGAGAACAUCCUGCUGGACAGUGAGGGCCAUGUGAAGCUGACCGACUUUGGCCUUUGUAAAGAAGGUGUGGCUAUCGGCGGUAUAAUGCAUACAUUCUGUGGAACUCCUGAAUACUUGGCUCCAGAGGUUCUACAAGGGCACCCAUACAGUCCAGCGGUGGACUGGUGGGGGCUUGGCACUGUGCUUUUUGAGAUGCUCUAUGGACUACCUCCAUUUUAUAGCCACAGUAAAGCAGAGAUGUUUGAGAACAAGCUUCACGCUCCUCUGCGGCUGUGGAGCGGGGCGUCUCAGGCUGCAUGCUCACUAUUGGUGGGCUUGUUGGAGAGGGAUGUCACCAAACGCUUGGGGGCGAGCAGUGACCUCGUGGCAAUACAGGGACAUGUCUUUUUUGCCUCCAUCAACUGGGACGAUCUCCUGGCAAGGAAAGUGACACCACCAUUCAUCCCAAAUGUGACUGGCCCUUGUGAUAUCAGCCACAUUGACCCAGAGUUCACGUUACAACCUGUUCCCGCCUCCGUGAAUGAGCGGUGCCAAGCAAGCGGAGCCAGCGAGGUCUUUCCAGGAUUCUCCUUCAUGAAUCCAGCGGAGUACAUGGCAACGCAGCGAGAUUCAUAACACCAACAAAUCCUUUGGGAGGAUGUUUGUUCAAAUGUUUGUUUUUGUCAUAAAUUAUUAAUUAUUAAGUCUAUUUUUAAACAUGUGAGAAACAGAUUCAUGUGCUAAUACUGGAAUGCACUGUACAUUUUAUAGGUUGCAUUUGACCUGAUGACAUAUUUGCAGAUUUUAUUAGUUAUUUUAAGUAUCAUUACGGGUUUAUAAUGUGAAAUAGGCUGGUCACUACUUCACAAGUCUGCAUUUCUUACAUGUGUGAGGGGAUUAAACAAUAAACACUUCAUUCAAAGCAG